AUGGCCGACAGUUGGGACAGACCUUACAGUCGAGAACAAGCUGGUUGGCCAAAGCCAUGGUGUCUUACUUCAAGGAAGGUGUGGCCAUCUUGUGGAAGAAUUGAUGAUUCUUUUGGUGAUCGAAAUUUAGUAUGCAUGUGUCCUUCAGUUGAAGAAUUGGCACAUCAAUAAGAUUUAUGAUUUUCGAAUUUACUAUUUCCUAUUUUUUUUUAAUAAAUAAAUACUACAUUAAAUCUACGGUUCUGGUAGAGUUGCCACUAGAGAGCGGGCCAUUAGAGUUCACGAUUUUUUAUAAACCUCGGUUUUACCCUUGACCUUGAUCUCGGCUUUUCCAUCCACAACAAUCCUCGGCCUCGCUUUUUUAAAGAAACCUCGACCUACACUAUUUUGAACUACCCUCCAUCUA